AUGCGGUCGCCGCCGAGGUCGCCCGGGCGGCUGCGCGAGGAGGAUGCCGCCGCCCACGCCGCUCGCGUCGCCGAGGCCAGGGCGGCGUACUCCCGCCUGAGCCGCGCGGGCGGCGAGCUCAACCGCGAACUCCGCCCGGCCGCGAGAAAGUCCGCCCCGGCGACUUUCGCGAACGCGCGCGGAGCCCCGGCCGAGCACGAGGACGCCCUCCGCGGCCUCGACUCCCUCGCCGUCGCCGCCGGGCGCCGCGCGCCGCCUCGGAAACCGCCGCCGUCGUCGCCGCCGGGCGAUAUCUCGGCGGGGCCCCACGAGGGCUGGCUCGGGUCGGUGCUCGCGCGCCGCGAGGAGGAGGAGGAGGACGACGACGACGACGAUGACGACGACGACGUGGAGCUCACCGAGGAGGAGGUUCGCGCGUUCCGCGAGUAUCGCCAGACCGAGGAGCUACACGCGCGCCUGGGGUUCGCGCUCACCGACAAGGCCCUGAGCCCCAUGCGCGGUGAGGCGCCGGAGCGGCGUAAGAAUCCAAACCCAUCGUCAUCGUCGCCAAACUCCACACCCGGGAAGAAGAAGAAGAGCUCGCCCGCCGCCGAGGCCGAUCGUGCGGCGCGCGCGGCGCGUGCCGUCCUCGCGGACAUGGCGGCGGCCAACAAGUCCCUCAUGGACGCCGCCGUUGCGUCCCCUGACGCGUUCCGACUGACGCAUGAGCGCACCAGGCGAGUCAUGCGCGACAUCGGCCUCGCGGAAACCGACAAAGCCGCCGACGAGAUCAUCGAGUUGACGUCGGCAUCGGCGUCAAUCGCACGACAGAAGAAGGGGGGUGCCGAAGGGGGUGCCGAAGGGAAAGGGGGCGGCCGGGACGAGGGCGGCGAGGACGAGGACGAGGACGGCGACCCGGUGUGGUACGACGAGGACGAUCCCGCGUGGUCGAUGGACGUCGAGGCGAAGCUCGCGGCCAUCGCGGCGGCGCGCGAGGAGGCGAAUGUGCGACGCGUGCGCCUCGAGCGACUGAUGGGGGACGCGGAAGCGCGAAUGGGGACGCGGAAGCCGCCGGGGGGAACGAACGUGGACGAGAAGAUCGCGGCGCUCAAGAAGGCGGCGGCGGCGCGGGAGCGAGAGUUUGAAAAGUUGGGCAUCGGGGGAACUCGUUCGGGCGACGGGGCGGCCAGAGAAACGGCCGGAGAAACGGCCGGAGAAUCCAGAGCGUCGUUCAGCAGGGCCGACGCGGACGCGUCUAUCGCGCGGUUGGAGAAGGCGGUGGCGGAGUUUAAGGCGCUCGGUCCGUUGACUCCGGGUCCGAUGACGCCCCAAACUAAGGCUGAGAUUGAGGCGGAGGUGACGGCGCGGCUGCCGAAGUUCCCGCCGGGAACGCCCCCGCUUCCCGAGUUUGACUACGACCCGAGGGAGGUGGACGAGCUCCUGACGCAGCUGGAGGCGGAGGAGGCGGAGAGAGCGGCGGCGAAGAAAAAAGGGGAGGGAGAGCAGAAGCAGCAGCAACACCACCACCACCAACAAGAGCAGCAGCAGCAGAGGAGUCCGAUUAGUCCGAGGAGUCCGAGCCGGGGCGCCAGGCCGCCGCUGCCGCCCGACGUCUCCGCGCACAGGACCGCGCUGGUCCUCGAGGCGCUCGCCGAGGCGGACCUCGAGGUGAGGGACCCGGAGGUCGAGGGUUCGAAUCCGGCGUGGGUCGACGCUCGCGACCCCGCCACCCCGAACGCGUUGAAACCGGCCGAGGAUGAUUCGAUAGGGAAGGAGCACACUCGCGCUACCGAUGGGGCAACGACCGACCGUACGCCGCUCGAGCUCGAGCGUACGGACGCCAGCCCCGGCGACGAGGCGAUUGACGCCAAGAUCGCGGAGCUGAGGGAGACUAUGCGCGGGUGCGCCGAGCUCAUCGCGCGACACGCUCGCGACGACCCCACAAAGACGAAGCUGGUGCGGGACCUCGCGCACGUCCUCAACGCGGCUUCCGAGAAGGAGUCGCGUGUCGAGACGGAACAGGCGAAAGGUGGGGACGAAACAGGCGAGGGGGACGAACCGGCGACGUCGGAGAGUUUACUGGAGAGUUUACCGGAGUGGGCCGGACAAGUACCCAACGCCAUACGAGAGACCCGCGAGCUCAUACGGGACAUGGAGGAACGCGUCAAGGCCACCGCGGCGCGGCUCCACGACAGUCUCACGAAACCGCCGCGGCCGUUCGAGAUUUCCGCGGACGGCGAAACAGGCGAGGGCGAGCGCGACGGCCAGCCGGCGCUCACCGUGGAGGGGAUGCUGAAGGGACUGGACAGGCUCAACGCGGAACGGUUGGACCACCGCCCGUUUGCAACCGCCUUGGCAAACGCGUUCGACGCCGACUCGGACGCGGAGGACUCGCCCGGCCUGUCGCCGCGUUGGGCUCGUAACGCUCAUAACGCUCAUAACGCGGUGGAUGAUCCGUCGCCGUCGGAGUGGGACCGGGAGGCUUGGGAGCGAGAACGCGCGGCGCUGCGGGACAGGCUUCGGACAGAGUUGGGUUUGUCGGACAAAUUCGGGGAAGACGAGCCGCCGGCGCCGGUGCCCGAGAUGACGUGGCACAAACACGCCGGGUCAGACGGGGAGGAGGAACGUUUUCUUCCGGAGGACGAGACUGGGAAGUUGAAGCACGUCAGGGACUUUCAGUCCCUGAUGGACUACGCGUUCGACUGA